AUGUUCCUCCAUUAUUUCAACAACAACAACUUGAACUCUACUACUCAUCUUGCCAUGAUAAAUUUCCUUAAAGGGCACCCCACUAGAGCCAUUGUUCCGGUUAAGGAGAUUGCCAAUGCCUAUAAUAGAGUACUACUCGAUAGUGACUACCUUUCAUACGACACUGAUCCAAAUAAUCAGCAUCCAUUAGCUUACGGAACUGAUCCUGGUAACUUGGAUGUCAGAACCACCGUUGCCAAUUGGUUAAAUAACAAGUACAAAAUCAAGUCAACCACUGCUGACUUAAUAAAUUUAACUGCCGGGGCAUCGUAUGGAGUGGCCAAUAUCUUGGCAUCAACAACGUCACCUCAACUCACGAAAAAGGCAUUUGUCGUUACACCAACAUAUUUCUUAAUCAAUAACGUAUUUGUUGAUGCUGGUUUGGGCGACGAUUUGAUAGCUAUCAACGAAACAUCAUCUGGCGAGUAUGAACUCGAUUUGGAGAAACUUGAGUCUGAAUUGCAAACACAUGGCAAAACUGGGGUCAAUAACGUAUUGAAAGACCCCAGGGGUGAACGCAAAAUCUAUCAAUUUGUCAUGUAUCUUGUUCCAGCAUUUUCCAACCCCGGUGGUGUGACAUACUCUCUCAAGACUAGAGAAAAAUUAUUGCAAUUGGCAAGAGAAUACGACAUGUUGCUCAUCAGCGAUGACGUUUAUGAGUUUUUGGACUAUUCUUCAACCACGCUGAUUCCUCCACCAGUACUGAAGAUAAACCAUCUUGAUCAAAAGACGGUGUCAAACAAGUACGGGAACUCAAUUUCCAACGCAACUUUUUCAAAAAUCAUUGCCCCUGGCCUAAGAGUUGGUUGGCAAGAGUCGGCAACCCCCGCAUUAGUCCAACAAUUGAGUAUCACUGGUGCCAAUAAAUCAGGUGGUACGCCUUCACAAUUGUCAACGUUUGUCGUUGCCAAUUUGAUAGAAUCGGGUCAGUUGGAUACAAUCAUUCUCAAUUUCAAAUCAAUUUACGCCGAGAGAGCAGAGAUUUUAAAGCAAAGUAUACAAAAGUAUUUACCUUCUGGAACCAAAGUUUAUGGAGGCGAUGGUGGAUAUUUCCUUUGGGUCGAGUUACCCAAAGAGAUUAAUAAUCGUGCUGUGAUUCAACACUUGGCAGAAAAAGAUGUCAUAAUCCCUAGUGGUGAAGGGUUUGAAGUGCUUGGGUCAGAGAAUAGACAAGGUUGGGGAGAUCAUUGUGUUAGAUUGAGUAUUAGUUACUUGACCUCAGAGGAGAUUGAAAAAGGGGUCAAAAUUUGGGGAGAGACAAUUGCAGAAUUGAGCAGCAAGUAG